AUGGGCCGAUGUACGAGCAUCGCUUUCCAACCAAGUGUCCUCUUUCUUCUAGUGCCAUUGGCAGUGCACUGCGCCAAAAUCUUACUCGUGUCUGUUCCUAUAAACAGCAAAUGUUUGGAGGUGAGCUCAGUGGGACAGGAGCUUGCUAACAGGGCACACAACAUUUCCCUCUUGUUAGGAUCGAAUUUUAACCACAAAAAUUACUUCCGGAAAAUUAGUCAUAACCAGAAAACAAUUCACCCAAUCAUCAUUAAAAGCAAACCCGAUUUGAAGACUAUAGAACAGGCAUUGUUAGAAUUUACUGCACUCAUGGAAAACGAGGAAUUAAACAUUUUCAAGCAUCUGGGUACAGUGGAUGAGUUUAGGACUUUAUUGUGUCAGAACCUCUUGUGGAAUAAAGAAGGUAUAUACAGUUCAAAGAAAGAAAAGCUCGACUUAGCUAUCGUCGAUGGGUUUUACCUCAGUUAUUGCAUAUAUCUCAUUACUCACGUUCUAGAUUUACCACAUAUUUCUGUUAGCACGGCUUUUGAUGAUUGUACCCGCGCCUGUGUCAAAGUUUACUACCGACAUGUCCUUCUGGGAGCGACUGGCAAACGCCUUCUCCUACCUUAUGUGUUAUCUGUUAAGCAGAUACGCCAUGCAGCCAGAGAAAACGUGGAAAACAAUUUGGUCGAGGCUCUUAAAAGGCUUAACGUUACAGUUGUGUGGAAAUAUCCGAAGCAUGGGGACGACGGAAACAUUAAGAAAGUUUCCUGGCUACCUCAGAGUGAUUUACUGGGACAUUCCACAACCAAGCUGUUCAUCAGUCACGGUGACAACGGUCUCGUUGAGGUUAUCUACCACGGUGUGCCGACUCUCUACACUCCUCUUUUUGGUGAUCAAUUUGCGAACGCUAUGAGGGUUCAGUACUGGAAGAUAUAUUUGAUACAGUGGAGAAAAUUCAGAGUGGCCGAUGAGGAUACCAGAAUGGCGUUCUUUACAUCUCCUCCAUGA